AUGUAUGGCCCUUUUAGUAAUAUAUUAUGCACUCUUCAUAAUAAGCCAAUUACAAGGAUUCAAACAGGAAAAGAAAUAAAUUCAGCAGAAAGACUUUUGUGUUCAUUAUGCAAAGGUCAAGGAGAUUCUAUUGAACAGCUUCAAUUAACUUUAGAUUAGCUUCAACAAUUAUUUAAAGAUAGUCAUCUCAAUUAUAAGAAUUUUCAAUCAUAAUUAUAAAGCUUAAAAAUAGAAUUAGAAAAAAUGAUAAAUUAAUUAUUUUUGUACAUUUAGAAUGUAAUUCAAUAAAGCGAAUUUGAGAUUACGAAAUUAAUCAGAUACAUUAAAUAUCAGGAAUUUGGUCAAGAAUUUACGCUAGAAGAUUUAAGGAAGAUAGUAGAAUUAGUUUACAAUAGUGAUAUAAAAAAUAGUGUAAUUUAUAAAACUACUUAAUAAUUAAAAGAAAUAUAAUCUAAUUAUCGAAACUAGUUUAUAUAGCUUUUUGAAAUGCUGAUAAAAUUGAUAAAAGGGGAUUCAUCAAAUAAAUAAGAAAGACCAAACAUGAUACCAAAACCAUAGAAUCAUAUACCUAAAAAACUUUUCGAAAUAAAAAAAGAGUAUGAAACAAGCAUGGUUUAAGCAGCUAUUUUUAAUUAAACUGGUAACCUGCUCUUCUAGGGAUAAUAUCCAUUCUGUAAUUAUAAGAACUUAGAAAUUCUCUAGAUUGAUGAAAAUUUAGAAUUUAAGCCUUAAUCUAUUAUUGAUUAUAAUAAUAAUAAUGUUGAUGUAUAAGUUACUGCUUUAGCCAUAAAUGAUAAGUGUAAUUAAUUAUUUGUUGGGUAUCAAAAUGGCUUAAUCUCACUUUAUGAAAAUGUAGGAAAUGGUUGGAAUUAAAAGGAUCAAUAAUAUUAGCAUUAGGAUCAGGUUACAACAUUGAUUGUAGACUUUUCGAAUACUGAGUUAUUUUCUGGAGGAAAGGAUAAUUUCAUUAAAAGUUACACUUUCAAACAGGGUUUAAAAAUAUGCAAUAAAAUGAAAUCUUUUAGACAAGAGUUACAAGAAUUCUAAUUAAAUAAAGAAUCUAAAUAUUUGCUUGUUCUAAUAGAAAACUAAUUACAAAUUUUCAAUAAUAAUAAGGAACUUUCUGACUUUUAGUAGAUAAUUUUGGAAAAUGAAGAGAAGAUAACUUGCUUAAGUCAAGGAAACAGAUAAAUAUAUGUUGGGUCUAAUUUAGGAAAUAUCUAUAUAUAUUAAUAAUAAAAAAUUGAAAGCGAAUUUAAAUAUAUUGCAUUUUCAAAAUUAAUGUAGAAUUCUCUAAUUUCAAUAAAAUAUUGUGAAGCAACCAAAAUUUUUCUUACCUUAUUUGAAGAUUAAGUGAUUCUCUAUUAAAUAAAUUCUAGUGGCAAGUUAGAUAGUUUAUAAUAAAUAAAUGGGAAAUUUGAACUAAGUGCCAUUCAUAAUAAUUAGAACUAUUCCAAAAUAAUUUUGUUUUCUAUGAGUAACAAUAAAGCCUAUAUUUAUAAAAGAACAAACUAGGUAUAAUAUUGAGUUUAAUAAGUUUCAUGAAG